GUUUUACCGCAAGGUGCGGAUCAGCGGGCGGCUGGACUGGGAGUGCAUCCCCUGCACCAAGCAGACGCCCUCCUCCGAGCCUCAGUGUACGUGCCAUCCCUCGCCAGACACGGCCCUUCUUGCACUGACCAGCAGUGCCCUGGUCAUCAUCGUGCUGGUUCUUCUGGCGCUUUCCAUCAUCUACUGCAAGCGGUUUUGGAAGAGCCAGUGCCAGCGAGUCUUCCUGAGGACUCAGAACUUCUCGGGCCAGCGAGCAAUGUUCCCGACUGCAGCGGCGCCCGGCAGGUUCCUGUGCGAGGAGCAGAUGUCUGGUCCCUGCUGCCUGGGUGUGAAGAACCUGAGCCCCUGCUACAGGCAGGCAGAAGCGGGUGUGCUCCCGGUGGUUCCUGUCCUCCCGCGCUCCGGACAGCGGACCCGGCAGCGGGGGGCUGGUUCCUCCUCCCGCCCUGAGCUCGCGGUGAACCCGGUGACUAACGUCACUGAGGCUCAGGAAAAGUCUGGCAGAGAAACGCGUCUAACAGCGCAGCUCCAGGUGGACGAUGCCCAGAGCCUCGUGACUCAGAUCAGCAGCUCGGCAAAGGGUCUGCCGGUAGCAGAGCUGCCUCGUUCCCUGGUGCAGUCACUUGCCUUCGUGUUGGACCCUUCCCUGAACGGUGCGAAGAACUUCAGCCACGUGGCGCUGGAGCUGGGGGUCGCACCCCAGCUGCUGGGACGGAUAUCUGGGUUUGAGCAGCUCGUCACUCACUUCGCCUGCGCAGGAGACGCCGUCACCA